AUGUUGGGCAAAACAGAAAUCAACUCCUGGCUGUAUGAGAUUGGGAAUCAGCUGGGUCAAGGAGGAUUUGGGACCGUGUAUGAAGGCACCCGCCUCAGCGACGGCUUGAAGGUGGCAGUGAAAUACGUCGUCAAGGACGAGGACACAGAUUACAUCAGCAUCCCGGGUUAUGAUGAACCCAUUCCUAGAGAGGUCGCUCUUCUGACUCUCGCCAGUAAGGGAAAUGCUCAAGAGAUCAUUCAGCUUCUUGACUGGCAGGACUUUGAGAAGAAUUACAUCAUGGUCCUGGAGCGCUUCACUCCCUGUGAGGAGGUGGGCGGUUUGGUCAAGCGUUAUGGAGACCCAGACACAGUUAAGGUCAAAUUAAUUGACUUUGGGUGCGGCGACCUCCUAAAAACAUCCACCUACAGGAAUUAUAUGGGCACAAGAAAUUACACCUGCCCUGAAUUCGUUGAAACGGGCAAGUACAAGGGAAAUCCAGCGACGGUGUACUCACUGGGAGUUCUCUUGUUUAUCAUGGUCUGCGGGGUGUUUCCAAACUAUAAUGACCUGUACCAGAUGAAUGAGAAGGUGUGGUGUGAGGACGGCUUGACCACAGAAUGCUGCAGUUUAAUUCAGAAUAAUCCAGAAGAACGUUUGCUUCUGGAAAACAUCCUCGAGCACGUCUGGUUUCACUGCGAUUUCAUUACAGCCAUUAAAUGCUCAUUUUAAACUGUACUUUUAUAUAUCAUAAAAUGGUCACAUAUACAUGUAUGUUUAUUACGUAUAUUUCUUCCUUCGCCUUUGAUUUAGUAAAGUUCAAAAUUAAGGUCUAUGCACAUAGUCCAAAAUUUUGGAAUGCGUUUUAGUAUUUGGCGCUCGUUUAUAUGGUGUAUCUGGAUUGUCAAAACGCUUCUCAAAAUAUUUGCCAUGGAUGCACAGAAAAUCAAACCCAAUUCAAAUCUUUUUAUGACGGACGAAAAUAUCGAAGGCAGUGUGUAAAUAUUAUUUUUUAACGUGUGGAAAUUUCGGACUUGUUUUUUGACAAGUUGACCAUGUUAAGCAUGAGAAGACAACACGUUUAACAUUGUAAGGAAGUCAGAAUGCAUGACACAUCGUUGCAGGGCCGCUUUAAGGCUGAUGUGAUUGGUUGAUUUCAUACACUGCAUUAGAAAAAGCUGUGCACACUUGUGAAACCUGGUUAUUGUAUUUGUAGAUUGUUUUUCCCCCUAAAUGAUUCUUCUUGUCAUUCACUUUAAUAUAAAGGUUGCAAUUUUUCAAUUUAGGUGGAACCGGUUGUGACAUGAAUCAUUAUGAUUAAAUUUUUUACAUGACAAAAACCUACCAUUUUAACAAGGAUGUGUAGACUUUUUAGAUCGACUCUAAAUCCAAUAAACAAACCAGGUGACAACAAUAAAUCUUCGCAGUAUAUAUCUUAUUUUAUAUAGACUGUGAAAUGAGUCUCAUGCGUGUGUGUGAUCAGCGGUGCAAGGCCUGCUGGGUCAUGUAGUUUAAAGUCUAGUAUUCUUGAGAUUGUGCGCUGGUAAACAGGAGUCUCUGAGGCAGCCGUGUUGGUAACAUUGAGCUGGUUUCAAUUCACAAUAAAAUUCAGUUGAUUUUGACAUCUAAAACAAACGAUAAUAUUCGUCUAAGCCGCAGUUUGUCCAAGCCAGUGUCUAGACACUAGUCGUCUUUAACAUCUGUGAAAAGGAGGCUAAAAAUACACAUACCAUAAAAUGACAGACCCUUCAUUUCUUUGUAAUCAGGCAAACAUGCAAAAUCAGCAUCAAUCAAAUUAUUUCCCUCACUGUAUAGUACAGUAUUUAGCCUGUGUUUCAUAUGCAUUUUAAUAGGUCUGUAAAGAAAUGUUAAGGUUGUCUUUUGUUUUAUUAAACUGAUAUUGAUUGUUUUUCAUUUUUGUAAUUUCAGUUUCAAAAGACUGUAUAAGAAAAAUGCUAAGCGAUACAGCAUAAACGCCUUGAAAUCUGAAAAAACGUAUGGAUACAUUUCUGAGUUGCAAGGACAGAUUUUGAAGAACAGACUGACUUGUGAAGCGGGGAUGUCUAGGAGGAGGAGCCUUUGACCAGAUGACCCCAGAAGGCUUGGUUUGGUGCCCCCCCGUACCUGCACCAGCCUUGUCAGAAGUCAAGAGAGGUCUAGCACCUGAUGUGGAAGGGUUUCCUCCAUGGCCUCUAAAACUUACACACAGAACCUUGAACUGCAGUCCCGGUGCGGCAUAUGAUGAAACCGUUUAUUAAUAAAGUUGUUUCACUAUUCAAGUGAAAAUGGAAAAAUAGAUGAGCAACAUGACAGCGAGAUGGAACUGCUUCAGGAGGAGCUGUCAAACCUGCGGUGUGUUGUGUCAGAAGGGAGAGAGGAGACCAGACGUCACAUGCAGGAAUUGAAUGACAGACUUCAGGAGCAGAAGCAGAUGAUUUCUUCACAGAAUAAGCAGAUGUCAUCGAGGCCCCAGCAGUAUUAGUUCAACGUGACGCGUGCUGUGUUCCAGUGCUUGCAUCCGAGUUCUUGAAGAGGUUGCGUUGUGUUUCCUGUCAGUGAGUUAUCCCAGUUCUAGUCUAGUGUCAGUUUGUCUGCAUUCCUGUUUGCCUGCUCUUAUUUAUACCUUGUUUUUUG